UCUCAGGCAUACAGACACCACAGCACAGCACCACACAGCACGGCACAGCACAGAAAUACACAGCAAUCCAGAUGCUGCGAAAAGCCUUCCUUACACUCCUCCUCAUCCACGGCCUGGUGCUGAGUCUAGCAUCUUCGUCUUCGUCGUCCGAGGAAGAUGGAAGCAGCGAACAGGAGCACGAUAAAAAAGGCCAUUCACACCACUGGGGAUACACAGAUCAGGACACGUGGGGCUCUAUGUUCACCGACUGCAAUGGAAAAUCCCAGUCUCCCAUCGACAUCAACACCAAGACUGCUGUGCAUGACCCCAAGCUGCCCGCGAUCUCACUGCAGGGAUACGACCUGACCGACCAGCCUGCCCUCACUCUGCUCAACAAUGGGCACACAUUGCAGUUGAUGCUUCCCCCCACCAUGCGCAUAAUGACCGGCUUUGACCGGCCGUACUACGCCGCACAGCUCCACUUUCACUGGGGAACCGUGGAGGAGCCGGGAUCAGAACACACCAUCGACAACGUCCACUUCCCCGCAGAGAUCCACGUGGUUCACUACAACUCCAAGUACGCCAACAUCUCAGAAGCAGCCAAUAAACCAGAUGGGCUGGCUGUCCUCGGAGCUUUCAUUGGAAUUGGUCUGCAUGAGAAUGAGAACUAUGAGAAGAUUCUCUCAGCUCUCAAGGAUGUCAGUGUCGAAGAAACCAAAACAGAGAUCCCAGGCUUCAAUGCCCGCCACUUGUUGCCCAACAGUCUGGAGCGCUUCUACAGAUACACAGGCUCUCUGACCACCCCUCCCUGCUUCCAGACCGUCAACUGGACCAUGUUCAACGACACCGUUACCGUGUCCAGGAAGCAGCUGGCAGCUCUGGAGGACACCCUGAAGAUGGAGCAGAACCAGCUCCUGUCUAAGAACUUCCGCGCUCCUCAGCUCCUGCACGGCCGACACGUUGUGGCUUCCUUCGGCGACACACCUGUUCAGCAGAGUCCCAAAAUCGUUUCCCUGAAGGAAGCAGAUUCCAGCACAAGACCCAGAGCGUCUACUGGAGGAGUUGCUGGAAUGUCCAGAGGUGACAUCUUGGCCAUAGCUUUCGGAGGGCUCUUUGUGGUCACUCUGCUUGGCUUCUUCAUGUACGCGUAUCAACAGCGGAAAAAGUUCAAGAAAGACUCCCGCCAGAAUGUCAUCUACAAGCCAGCGAAUAAGGAGGACGCCUAAGACUCCACAACACCUGCCAUCACCAACCACAUUGCAAUAUAUUUAUGUUGUUCUUCCAGCAUUAGUUGAGCUUUUAUAUUGUGCACAAGUGUUAGAAACCUAUACCACCACGCCUGGUGAAUGUGACAUAUCAUACCGUAGCGGGGGUAGAAGUAUUUAGUGUGACACGUUAGAAUAACGGUCCCUUCUUAUUUCUCAACACUUUAAUGUUCAUUAAUGAGCUAAUUAUGAACAAACAUUUUACAAAUGUUUGUAAAUCAGUAAUAAACAACCGGCGGCUGCACAGUGGAGUGGGAAUCGGCUUCGACUGGAUGAGUUUGAUGUAGCUUUUGUGUAAUGGAGGCUAACUAGCAGAGUGUGGCGUGAAACGUUAGUAAACCUCCCUCCCAAAGCCUCAUACAGUGCGAUAGCGUUGGGCUAUCGGACUGGCCCUUUAGCUCAGCUGUAUCGCACUGUGCUUCCCAUUCCCAAACUGAUGCGUUGAUUAGGAGGUGGCAGGUUUGCUGCCCCGAGGGGGACGAACUGUGUGGGAACUCCUCGGUUACGCUUGGCCUCCUGUUGGACUACAUCCAUGUUUCAUGUUUCGUGUCUUUGGCUUUUUGAAAGACAAACAGCCACGACUGCUGCGGCUGUGUUAAAAGUAUUUCUUACUCAUUAACAAGCAUUUGUAAAUGUUUUAUUGAUAAUUAGUUAAUUAUUUACAAAGCAUUUUAGGGACCGUCAUUCUAAAGUGUUAUUGUGAUUAGCAGUUAGUGUAGUCUGCAUCGCCAAUUUUCUCCUCAUUGCCGUUACGUCAUUAGGCUGUUAGAUGUAGGCCGAGUUUUCUGUAUUUAUUAUUUAAAGUGGCAGUUCUUCACUCUUCAUAGUUUAGAUGUUCCACAAAGGACUUCUCGUUAAAAUUACCUCGUAGUUUGUAAGGUUUGUCAUGCAAACAAUGAAAAAUACCUGUACCUCUAGAAGUAUGUUUCUUAGGAAGGGGGUUGAAGAACCAACUUUGUAUUGUAUAUUUAAAAAAAGACUGAAAGAUUGAAUGUAUUUAAUGUAUAUUUUUAUUUUUCUUGUUAUGAUAUUGUGUGAAGCCUUGAAGCCUGUAAUAUUUUCUUCUCAUCACUAUGCCAACAGGACAGAUUUAUGAAAAUUUAAUGUGUUUUUGAUCUGUAUAUGG